AUGGCCUGCGCGGACGAUUGCCCAUUACCUACGUCAUUCUAUGAGUGGUUUGACGAAGUCAAGAUACGUCUCGACGUCCGGCAUAAGUCACCUCGCAGUCCAGAGCAGCCCCAAGAUCCGAAAAUUCUCUCCAACUCAGAGCAGCUGAUGCUGGAUGGAUGCUGGUUGGAGAACACAGUAUGA